AUGCCGAUGCCUCUUAAUAUUGGUGAUCAGUUUCCCAAUUUUCAGGCCCUGACAAAUUUGGGUGAAAUUGAUUUCUAUGAAUGGAUGGGCGAUGAAUCUUGGGCGAUACUCUUCUCACAUCCAGCUGACUACACGCCGGUCUGCACUACUGAGCUAGCCCGUGUCGGAGCCUUGAUUCCUGAAUUUCUAAAGCGUGGUGUUAAGCCGAUUGCAUUGUCUUGUGAUACGGCUGAGUCGCACAAAGGAUGGAUUGAGGAUAUAAAACAUUAUGGCAAGCUAUCCAGCUUUGAUUACCCCAUCAUUGCGGAUCAUAAACGAGAGCUGGCUGUCAAGUUGAACAUGCUGGAUAAAGAUGAGCUUAACUCGGAUGGAAUUCCUUUAACCUGUCGAGCAGUCUUUAUUGUAGAUGAUAAAAAGAAAUUACGUCUAUCCAUACUCUAUCCAGCCACCACAGGACGAAAUUUUGAUGAAAUUCUGCGUGUAAUUGAUUCGCUGCAUUUGACCCAAAGAAAGAGUGUGGCUACGCCGGCUGAUUGGAAAAGCGGUGGUGAUUGCAUGGUGUUGCCUACGGUUAAGUCCGAAGAUGUUUCAAAACUUUUUCCAAAUGGAAUCAAUACAAUUGAUGUGCCUUCUGGUAAGGGUUAUCUACGCAUCACCCCACAACCCUGAUCAGUUGCUUUAUCAUUCCAAAUGAAUCUAUUUUCAAACAUGACUUUUUAUUACAAAAAAAUUAUAAUUAAUAACAAAAAUAAUGCACAAUCAAA